AUGGACUUGGAUAUUGCGAGGCAGCGAAUUGCAUCCGAGCAGUUGAUAAAGCUGGAGGAGGCACGAACAAUCAACGCAACGGCUGUAAAAUUAACUUGGAAACGUCGUCGAAACGAACCGCUUGUGGAAGGUUAUUAUAUCAAGUGGAGGGCGCUCUCGUCAGCCGCAUCUUCAUCAUCUUCAGGAAAAGGCCCGGCUGGAUCAAGUGGCGGCGAUAGUCAUUGGUUGAACGUCUCAAAGCCUAACAUCGAUUCGUAUAUUGUAAAUAACUUACGUCCUUUCACAAGCUACGAAUUUUUCGUGAUCCCGUACCACAAAACUGUCCAGGGAAUGCCGAGCAAUUCAUUGGAUGGAGCAACUAGUGAAGCUCCUCCAACAUCAGCGCCUACGGAUAUCAUCAUUUUGGGUAAUGGUGCGAAGUACAAUAGGAAUAUAACCACCAAUGAACGUGCUUCAAGCGUUACGCUGUUCCAUUUGAUACCUGAAAUGACUUAUGGGGUUAAAGUGGCAGCGAGAAGUAAUGCCGGAGUUGGGGUAUAUCACGGACUUGAAGCUGUCACUAUGAAUGAGGCAACGUUGCGUGAGCAUAUCCAGUUGAUGAGUGGUGUUUCGAGCAGCGAUCGGUUGCUUCACGUAAUCAAGAGGCCUUGGUUUAUUGCGACAGCGGGUGUUCUCGUAUGGAUAACAUUCAUUGCUUUAAUCACCUUCAUCUGGUGGCGAUGGCGUAAAUCUAAAGGCAAAGCUGCUGCGCGAGACGCACUUUGGAUGGAUCAUCCGGAUUUCAGUUCAGCGCAGCGCUCACUGCUCCUGAAUAGUUCCGUGAAUGGUUUGGCGCACGGCUGCAGCAACGGGCCUCCCAUUUAUACGCAGACCCCGCAUCAGACCGAUUUCUACAUGGACGGCCAGAUGCUUCAUCGUGACACCUCUGCUCAUAUGCUUGGCACAAUGGAUCGAGCCCAGUCACCGCAUCAUUACCAUUACGCUGCACUCACUGCCGGUGCUGCUCCCUCAAGCAUGUCUACGUUUUACGGUGGUCAUCAAAUUAUGGAUGAUCCAUCACCAUACGCAACAACAACACUGGUUAUGAACAACAGGCAGAGGUGGUUGAAAGAUCACAUGCUCCGAGCGCCGAUGCCACCUUCAAAUCCGGUUCCCUCUGGCCCUCCACCACGUUUUCAAGAUAAUCUCAAGCAUCAUAAUACACUGGGUGAACGGCGCUCACCAUCUGUGCGAUCUCCGCCAUUUGUUGAUAGCAGUAAAAUUCAUUCAGUUGUGAAUAAUCAUCAUUCAGGAAGUCCACCACAUACCGAUGUUUCCUAUGUACAGUCUUCCGAUGGUACUGGAGCGAAGAGUCAUUUGUUGGAUGUGAACGAGCACUACGAUGCGGUCUCGGAUGCGCUGCUGUUCGACGCAGGUACAACAGGGCAUGCUGAACAUGAGAAGCAGCACAAUGUUGUAAAUAAUAGGCCAAACAGUCGAACUAGAAUUAAUUAUCGAAAUGGCGCAAUGGGUAGUUGUGGUAGAGGACAAGAAGACGAUGAUAGUCAAAGAUCCUCACUUAUGAACGAUAAUAAUCGGUCAGCAUUUUGCUCGUCUUCAGAAGCGGACGAGGAGAAUUCGGAUGAAGACAGCAGUCGCCCACGGCGAUCCUGUAAACGUGUGGAACGCUCUCAAAGUCCAGAUUAUGCUGCUCAUCGACCCUCACAACCAUGUAUGGGUAUUAGUGCUUCCGCACUUACGCAAAGCUCAUAUGACGGGACGUCGGCAGCAGCACUGCGUUCCUCCAGUCGCUUGAAGUCGAUGCCUCGAAGCUGUAAAAAAGAUUUGGUCUAG